AUGACAAAUGGGAACCGCUAUAGAGAAAGGCAUUUUAUUAGCGGAGGUAGAUUCAGCAGUGUCUAUAGAGCUACAGAUCACAAUGAUGGUACGUUGGUCGCACUAAAGAUCACUACACCAGAAGAAGAUAGGCCUCCACAUAACUCACGGGAUGAAUUGAAACUUUUGAAACUAAUCAAGCAGAGCGGUGGAUGUGAUUACGGGCUAUUGCAUAUUCAGGAUAGUUUCUUUGCAGAUCAGAUAGACUUAGUUAUUGUUACACCCUAUUUACCGUUCACAUUAACCCAGAUUUUGCAGCAUAAUUCAGUCAAGAUUAGGCCUAAGUUUAAUCCAUAUUUGGAAUUAGGAAGUCGAGAUUCAGAUGAAUCAAGAAAUGACAAUGUUCCCACUUUUAAGAAUCAGCUCAGUGAUGUUAGAGCAAGAGAAAUUAUUAUGGGGAUCGCUCGUGGAUUGGACUUUUUACAUUCCAAUGGUAUUAUACAUAGAGAUAUUAAACCUGCUAAUAUCUUAUUUCAUAAUUUGACAUCAAAUCCUACCAUAAUAGACUUUGGAAUUAGUUAUGCUUAUCCAGACAACUUUGGAAAAGAACCUUCAAAUAACAAAAUUCGUGAUAUUUCCACCUCGAUAUACAAAGCACCAGAACUGAUAUUUGGUAUUUCUGAUUACUCGUACGGUGUUGAUAUAUGGAGUUUCGGUAUCAUGAUUUCUUCUUUUUACACUGAUGACAUAGAGCCUGUUUUAAAAAAUGAAGGUUCGGUUAGUGAUUGGACAUUAGUGUCACAAAUCUUUCAGAGUUUUGGUGUACCAACACUAGAUCAAUGGCCAGAGGGAAGGAAGUCAAGCACAUUCGGAAAGAUGAAUGCUAAUCCAAGACCUGGGAAAGAUGUUGAUUUAUUAAUACCUCGAGCGGAUGGAAAAGUCAAAGCACUUUUCAAGAAAAUGAUGGUUUUUGAGUCCUCAAAUAGAGUUGGAGCUAAAGAAAUCAUCAAUACUUUAUCAAUACUUUGA